AAGAAGCAGAACGAAGAAUAAGAAAAAUACAACACAAUACAACAAAGCACACAUAACUUUGCAAAUUUCAUUCAAAGCUGCUUUCAGAAAAGAAAAUCAAUUUGAAUUGUAAACUUUUAAAUUGAGAGCAUCCAAAAUAUUGUGAAACUCUUAACGAGCGUAAUUUCCACUUGAUUAAGCCGACGGAAAAUUAAGAGAGACCAACGAAAGCUGUGGAAGAUCCAAAACAAUAAUUGAAAGUUGUUUUUUUUUUCGUUUGCCGCUCUGCUUAAAGAGUAAAUUAUGUCGCCACCUCGACACAGUGGAUUCGGUGGCGGUGGUGGAGGCGGUGGACGUUCUGGCUUUGGCGGUUUCGGUGGUUUUGGAAGCGGCAGCGGUGGAGUACGUUCUGGACGCGUUGAGAGCCGUCCGCGUCGCACUGGCGGCUUAAACCGCGGAGCUGGCGCUGUAAACGAUGACUUUGGCAGCUUGCAUAGUGUCAACUGGUCGGAUAUGCGACUGCAGCCAUUUCAGAAGAACUUCUAUCAAGAGCAUCCAAAGACUCGCAAUCGUCCGCCACAGGAAGUGGAACGCUAUCGUGCACAGCAUCAGAUCACCAUACGUGGUCCCGCUCCAAAUCCCAUACAGUAUUUUGAAGAGGCAUGCUUUCCGGACUAUUGUAUGAAUGAAAUUCAACGACAGCGAUAUACGGAACCCACACCAAUUCAAUCCCAAUCCUGGCCCAUUGUUAUGUCGGGCAACAAUCUUGUGGGCAUUGCCAAAACGGGUUCGGGCAAGACGCUCGCCUUCAUACUGCCCGCCAUCGUUCACAUCAAUGGUCAGGAGCCAUUGAAGCGUGGCGAUGGACCCAUUGCUCUGGUCCUUGCACCCACACGCGAGUUGGCCCAACAGAUUCAAUCGGUGGCCAUUGAUUUUGGCUCGAAUGCCUAUGUGCGUAAUACAUGUAUCUUUGGCGGUGCACCACGUUCCAAGCAGGCCAACGAUUUGGAACGUGGUGUGGAGAUUGUUAUUGCUACACCUGGAAGAUUGCUUGAUUUUCUUCAGGGUGGCGUCACAAAUCUACGACGCUGCACUUACCUGGUGCUCGACGAGGCUGAUCGCAUGUUGGACAUGGGCUUUGAGCCGCAGAUACGCAAAAUCCUUGGCCAAAUUCGACCUGAUCGUCAGAUACUCAUGUGGAGUGCCACUUGGCCAAAGGAAGUGCGUCAACUGGCCGAAGAUUUUCUGGGCAAUUACAUACAGAUCAACAUUGGCUCUUUGGAACUGUCAGCCAACCACAAUAUACGACAAUAUGUGGAAGUUUGCUCGGAGCAUGAGAAGGGUGCCAAAUUGAAGGAUCUGCUGUCACAUAUAUAUGAUCAGGCGAGUGCGCCGGGCAAGAUUAUCAUAUUUGUGGCUACCAAAAAGAAGGUGGACGAAUUGGCGCGUUUCAUAAACGCUUUCGGCGUUGGCGUCGGCUCCAUUCACGGCGACAAAUCCCAAAUGGAUCGCGACCAUGUGCUCAAUGAUUUUCGCAGCGGACGCGCCAACAUUUUGGUGGCCACGGAUGUGGCAGCUCGUGGCCUGGACGUUGAUGGCAUUAAAUAUGUGAUUAACUUUGAUUUUCCACAAUCCUCGGAGGAUUACAUUCAUCGCAUUGGACGCACUGGACGCAAGCAUACGACAGGAACCUCAUAUGCAUUCUUUACACGAAAAAAUGCCAAAUGCGCCCGGGCUCUGAUUGAGAUACUGCGCGAGGCCAAUCAGAAUGUCAAUCCGGAAUUGGAGCACAUAGCACGCGAAUCCGGCGGCGGUGGUGGCGGCAACAGCGGACGCAGUCGUGGAGGACGCGGUACUGGCCGACAUAAUAGCGGAGGCGGUGGAGGAGGAGGACGAGGUGGAGGUGGAGGCGGCGGUGGAACUGGAGGUGGUGGUUACAAUAGCAUGAAUGGUGGCAGUAGCUCAUCCGGCAGAUUCAAUACGUUCAAUAAUAUUUCCAACGAUGGUCACUCAUCAACGUUCACUAAUGGCAGAAGAUACGAACCCAGACCGAUGAACAGAGGAUUCGGCGGAGGAUCCUUCGCUGGCAAUAAUUCAGUCUCGAAUAGAAUUUAUUAAUUAAUU